CCCAAUAUGGCCCUGCCCCCACGCCUGGGCCCUACACCCCCCUCAGAGCCCUUCAGCCACCCGCCUGGAGCCCCUAGGGAACUGAACACAUCUGGAUGCACCAUCUGCUCCGCCUCUGGAGAGGAGAGAAUCAGGUCAGAACAGGCCCAGAAGCUGGGGCAGGACUCCUUGGACCCUCCCGAGCCCUUCCAGGGUGGGCCGAGGGGCACUGAACUUGCUGCUGGCCUCCCCAGAUUGCCAACGCCCCCUUCUCAUGAGGACUCGGCUGGGGCCAAACACCGUGAGCGCCCCAUCUCUGGCUGGGGAUUAGAGGCUGAGCAGGACAGCCUGCAUCUUUGCCUUUUGGGGCUGGGCCUCCGGCUGCAGGACCUGGAGCAAGGCCUGGGGCCCUGGGCAUCAGCCCAGAGCAGGAUGGUCCAGCUGCAGGCCCUACAGGCAGACCUGCGUGGGGCAGCUGAGCGUUUAGAUGCACUGCUGGUGUUCGGUGAGGGGCUGGCACAGCGGAGUGAGCCUCAGGCCCGGGCAUCCCUGGAGCAGGUCCUAAGGGCCUUCAGAGCCCACCGAGACAGCAUCCUCCGGCAGCUGUGGCGGCUGCAGGCCCAGCUGGUCAGCUACAGCCUGGUGUUUGAGGAGGCCAGCACACUGGAGCAGGACUUGGAGGUCGAGGGGGACUCAGACGGGCCAGGACCUGGUGGGGUCUGGGGGCCCUGGGCACCCAGUAGCCUCCCCACUCCCGCAGAGUUGGAGUGGGACCCGGCGGGGGACGUUGGGGGCCUCGGGCCUUUGGGGCAAAGGACAGCCUGGACACCAGGGACUCCCUGUGAGCUGUGUGGCCGCAGGGGGCCCCAGGGCAGGGGACAAAGCCUUGAGGUGAGAGCAGGACCCCACUCCUCUCUCUCCCCACAGGACAUGCUCAUGUCAGGCCUCAGCCACCGGAAACACUUAACAGGUCACCGAAGACGGUCCCUGCUCCGGAAGUCUCAGGACAAGAUGAGGCAAGCAUCUCCCAAUGUCCAGGAUGUGAUGCUGGAGGUAGACCCUGGAUCCCCCACUCCUGCAUCCAGGCGGCCCCUGACCUUCCUCCUCCUCCUCCUUUUCCUUCUGCUGGUGGGUGCCACAUUGCUCCUGCCCAUGUCAGGGGACUCCUGCUGCUCUCCUGCCCGACUGGCCAGGACACCUUACCUGGUGCUCAGCUAUGUCAAUGGUCCUCCCCCAAUCUGACUACACAGUCCAGACAUAUGUAAUAAAUGGUCACUGUCAAA